AUGCCCUCCACCAAUCCUCCCCUGAGUGCGAAGCGUGAAACCACGACGUCCUCCUCCGUCUUGUGGUCAUGCCUGUACUCUUUGUUAGUUCAAUUGUUCCCCGAGCAGAAGCAGCUCGACUCAGUCGUAGACCUUCUGGAGAAAGAUCUGCGUCAGGCGUGCGAGGAACACCCUGCGAACUGUGACGCCGAGUGGGUCUUCUCGGGCGAGAGUCUCACGAGAACCUGCCUGGGGUACAUAAGCAUGGGUUCCACCGGAAGGGAUGACCUGGCUGCUAAGAAGAUUCUUUACAUCCAGAAGCUGGAGAAGGAAAUCAGCCGUGUGAUCACCACCACCACCACCACCACCUGGGGUAUAUUGCCUCUGAUUACUGAAGAGGUCUCGGAGUCCGAGUCAGAAGAAGAAGAGACCCAGUCUGAAACACCUGAAGUUGAGCAGUCUGAAGAAGAAGAGACCCAGUCUGAAACUUCAGUAGUCCCAGUCCAGUCUAAAAGCAGUCCGAGUCUGAAGAAGAAGAGACCCAGUCUGAAACUUCAGUUGAGCAGUCCGAUUGAGCAGUUCGAGUUUCAAGAAGAGACCCAGUCUGAAACACCUGCAGUUGAGCAGUUCGAGUUUCAAGAAGAGACCCAGUCUGAAACUUCAGUUGAGCAGUCCGAGUCAGAAGAAGAAGAGACCCAUGAGCAGUUCGAGUUUCAAGAAGAGACCCAGUCUGAAACACCUGCAGUUGAGCAGUUCGAGUUUCAAGAAGAGACCCAGUCUGAAACACCUGCAGUUGAGCAGUUCGAGUUUCAAGAAGAGACCCAGUCUGAAACACCUGCAGUUGAGCAGUUCGAGUUUCAAGAAGAGACCCAGUCUGAAACACCUGCAGUUGAGCAGUUCGAGUUUCAAGAAGAGACCCAGUCUGAAACACCUGCAUGCAACAGUCUGGAUGAACAGUCCAGGCAACAGUCUGGAGCCGAAACUCAUCAGGAACCAGAAGCUUCCCAUCCUGAAGUUUCGCCUGAGGUGGCCACAGAAAAGCAUUUUUCCGACGAGGCGACCUCUGACUGGCUCGACCUCAUUAACCCUCAAAACGAUAGCCUUCUUGGCUUCCCAUUGUCUCAAGAGCCGAAUCCCGCGAAACUCGCUAAGAAAGCGGCCAAUAAAGCCGCCAGGCAAGCCGAGACGGAAGCUGUAAUGAAAGAAUCUUUUAAGCAGGAAACUUUAAAGAAAAAGGCCAUGAAGGAAGCAGCACAGAAGGAAGCGACCAAGGAAGAGAAAAGGGGGCAGGACGGCUUCGUUGUUGUUGACGGCAAUUAA